CGUGGGGAGGGGGGGUGGCGCACGGACUGCCGGGAUCGGGGCGGACCGAGGUGGGAGGGGGGGCAAGAUGGCGGCCCCGCAGAGAGGAAGAACCUCCCUUGUAUCCUUCCCGCUUCCCCCCCUUCUCUGGUUGUGACUGGCCACAAGUGGCCCCUGGCAGACCCAGGAUCUCUGGGGGCACGUUGACCUUUUAAGCCAGGGGCAGUGGUUGGAAAGGAGGGCUUGGACUGCCCAAGGGCCCCCUCCCAGCUUCCUGAUCCUUGCUUCUCCUCACCUGGUGCUAGUGCCUGUGCAGGGAGGCCCCGAGGACGUGGAUGGGAAGAGUAAAGCCGGAAGCGUUCUCCAGGUGGAGACCUUUCUCUCUGGGCCAGUCUUAGCCGCCAGACCUCAGUCUCUUCAUCUGUAAAUUGGGGGACAGCUACGCCUGUCACGCCCUGCUUUGCAGGCAGGCGGUUUGAGCAAAUGAGAAGGGAGACCGUUUCCCCGCCGUCGCUGAAGCCCUGGGCUCGUCAGGGCUUGAAUUCUCUCGGGCCUGCCCGUCCGAGGAGAGCAAGCUGGCAAGCUCAGGAGUGCUUCUCGUGCCUGCCUGGCCUCCGAGCUGCCAGGCCGGGACGGAUACAAAUAGAUCCAGUUCUGUCUCAGCGGCCUCUAUUUCCCCUUCUACUUCCUGGCCUCCCUGCUCAUGAUGGUCUUUUACAAAAAACACUUCUUCAUCUACCCCCCCAAUUACCUGGCCAUGGACUUGACCCUUCUCUGCGUGCUGGGCCUUCUGGAAGUCCUGCGGCUCCACCUGGGGAGCAAAGGGAACCUGGUGGAGGAAGAGCUCCUGCUGGGCGGCAGCCUCGCACUCACCGUCCUCAACACCUUCCUGUCUGUGUACUUCCUGCUGUGGGCCACCUACGUGCUGCGGGCCGACGUCUUCCUCAACACCGUCCUGCUGGCCUUGUACAACCUGGAGGGCAUCCUGCAGAUGGUGACCAUCGCCGCCUUCCUCAGCUAGCGGCGGCUCCUCCCUUUCUGAUGCUCUCAAAUAAAAUCUUGGGGUCCCCGGACGGACGCAGCCGCUCGCCUUCCCUGCCGCGCGUGCCCCCCAGGCCCAUUCGGGGCGCACCCUCUGCCCGAAUCAUUCCCGUGUGUUGGGGUGGAGGCAGAAGGGCGCGAGGGACUUGCCCAGGGGCACCCCGCUAGGCCUGGCUCAGCCACCCGAAGUCUUGGUCCCCCCACGCCACGCCUGCCGGGAGUUGGAGCGAG